AUGACGUGCGGCGCGUGCACGUCGGCGGUGGAGAAGGCGCUAGGGGCGCUGCCGGGAGUCACCCAGGCCCGCGCCGCGCUGCUGCAGCAGUCCGCAGAGAUCGAUUUUGAGGAUGACCUCAUAUCAACGGACGCUUUGGUGUCCGCUGUCGAGGACGCGGGGUUCGAGGCGCGCCUGCUGGAGGUCACGCGGCGCCGCGGCGGCGACCAGGGCCCCGGCGCGCGCGACGUCGACGGCGGCAGCUUCGGCGCUGCGCGGCCGCCGCAGGUCGUGCGGCUGGCGGUCGGCGGCAUGACGUGCGCGGCGUGCAGCGGCGCGGUCGAGCGGGCGCUGGCGGCGGUGCCGGGCGUGGCGCGGGCGGGGGUGGCACUUGCGGAGGGCGAGGCGGAGGUCGUCUUCGACGCUGACGAGGCGUCCGUCAAGCAGCUGCUCGCCGCAGUGGACGACAUCGGCUUCGAGGCGCGCCUCGUCAGCGUCGCGGGCGUGGAGCAGUGCACGCUGGCGGUGGAGGGCAUGACGUGCGGCGCGUGCAGCGGCGCGGUCGAGCGCGCGCUGGCGGCGGUGCUGGGCGUCACGCUCGCGGCGGUUGACCUGCUGUCAAACAGGGCGCAGGUGUCGUUCGACCCCAACGUCACUGGCCCCCGCGACUUCAUCGCUGCGAUCGAGGCCGCCGGCUUUGUUGCCGCGCUCGCCGCGGCCGACGGCGCUGCUGACGAGGCGGGCGCGGCGCAGCGCGGGGAGCUGGCGGAGUGGGGGCGGCUGCUUCGCUGGAGCGUCGCGUUCACCGCGCCGCUCUUCUUCAUUUCGAUGGUCCUGCCCAUGCUGGGCAUGGGCCACUCAUUCCUGACGCGGACCCUGGUGCUCGGCUUUCCCAUUGACCAUCUGCUCAAGCUUGUGCUUACAACACCCGUCCAGUUUGUCGUCGGCUGGCGCUUCCACCGCGGGGCCUGGAAGGCGCUGCGGCGCGGGGGCGCCAACAUGGACGUGCUGGUGUCACUUGGCACCAACGCUUCGUACGUGUAUUCGCUCAUCGCCGUGGCCGAAGGCUUCAUCGCUCGCCACAAGUUUGGGCGGGAAGGUGGCAGGAACCUGCCCACGGAUUUUUUCGAGACGUGCGCUAUCCUCAUCACCGUGGUGGUGCUGGGAAAGUACCUGGAGUGCAGCGCAAAGGGCCGCACAUCAGAGGCCAUCAAGGCGCUGCUGGCGCUGACCCCUGAGUCGGCGCUGCUGUGCGAACUGGACGAGGAGGGGGGCGUCGCGGGGACGCGCGAGGUGGCCACCGCGAUGGUGCACAAGGGGGACGUGCUCAAGGUGCUGCCCGGCUGGCGCAUCCCCGCGGACGGGGAGGUGCUGGAGGGCUGCUCCUACAUCAACGAAGCCAUGAUUACAGGUGGGGGCGAUGGGGGGCCUCGGGACGAUUUUUUUGGUGCGGCGGUGAUCUGCUCGCUCGACGGAGCGUCAGGGCGGCUGGUGGCAGGGCUUGCUGGCUUGUUGCUGUGA